CGCACACAGCUGCUAAGAAUGUGUUUCAAUUGUUGUUUAAACAUCGAUGAGUUCUGGUCGCGUGGUUGUUAUAACUAAAAUACAAUUUUUUAACAAAAACGAAAAUGGAAAAGUGGAAUGGAAAAGUAGCUGUAGUAACGGGUGCUUCUUCUGGGAUCGGAGAGGAGACUUGUAGGCAACUAGUCGAAAAGGGAAUGAUUGCUGUUGGUUUUGCUAGAAGAGAAGAUAAACUUCAGGCGUUAGAAGAGGAUUUAAAAGGAAAACCGGGUAAAUUUUAUUACCUUAAAGUUGAUUUGUGUUCGGAAGAAAACAUUUUGGAAGCUUUUAAUUGGGUAAAAAAAACAUUGAAAUCAGUUGAUGUACUCAUUAAUAAUGCAGGUGUCUGGAAGCACAGUGAUUUGUUAGGAAACACAAAUGAUUGGAAACAAAUGUUUGAGACUAAUGUCAUAGGUGCUAACAUUUGCAGCAGAGAGGCCAUAAAAAUCAUGGAAGAAAUACAAAUUAAAGAAGGUCACAUAAUAAAUAUUAACAGUGUUGCAGGUCAUUAUCUAUAUCCAUUCAUGAAAGAUAUUUCAGUUUAUGGGGCUACUAAACAUAGUGUCACUUCAAUUACAGAAUAUUUAAGAGAAUUAAUGGGCAUGAAAAAUUUGCCGAUUAGAGUCACGAGUAUAAGUCCAGGUGCAGUAGAAACCGAAAUGACUGAAAGUUUAAGUAAAUUGGAAGGCGUAAAUAUGUUGAAAUCUAUUGAUAUUGCUGAAGCUAUUAUGUACGUGUUGAGUGCACCGCAGCGAGUUAAUGUCUCCGAAAUCAUCAUAAGGCCAACAAGCGAAAAUACAUUAUCUUUUGUGAAGAAACUUGCACAGAUAUAAAUUAGGAUUAAUAGUUAAUACUCAUUUAAUUCAAAAUCUCAAGUUUAAAUAAUAUUUUGUUCAAUGUUUAUAUUUACUGUCUAAAAAUUAAUAUUUAAUAUAAUAUAUCCAAUACGCGUAUCCUAUUAUUAUGGGUAAUAUGUUUUAUAACUACUAUAAACGAAGAUGAUACAACCUAAAUAAAUGACGAAAUAAUUAAAUAUAUAA